AACGGGUGAAAUGCAAGAUUUUGAUUCUGCGCUGCCUGCGUUUCCUUCAGUGUCCCCAUUAAACCAAGAAAGUGGAAACAAUGCAUAGAAAAGGUAAUAAAAUAUUGAGGAGUAUGCGUGCUGAUAUGGUGCUAAAAAAAAAAGGACUAGAGUUUCCUAUAAAACGGGACGAUUGAACGGCAAAGAGUAUCAGUGGCUUCCAUCGCUUCCUCAACUGAAGUGAUCAAUUCAAAGCUUCUCCAACAAAAAGGGACAUUCUACUUCAUUCUACAAAAGUCCGUGCUCCUAUCCAAUUGUUUCUAACGUUCCCAUUUCAACGAAACACCCAAAAGAAGAAAAUGCGUUCAAUCCUUUCCGUUGUAACGUUGAUGUGUCUUCUGUCAGCUGUCCACUUUCAGCCAAGCACCGGCGUACAUCAACCAUCCAGUAUCGAAUUAAAAGGACUCAUUCAGAAGGGACUCGACGAAUUACAAGAACUCCACGCCAAAGAUGUUAGUGGUCCAGACGUCAUCUCAUCCCGGAAGCUCGGUUUGGGCAUCAAAGCAAUCCUGUUGAAACCAUUACUUUUAGUCGCAUUAGCAAAAAUCAAACUAGCUCUUUUGCUUGGCAAACCUUUCGCCCUUUUGGCACUUAAAAAACUCUUACUGAAAGGCGCUCUCGGCAAACUGUUGCUCAAGAUUCCGCUGAUCCUCCUCGGUGGCAAAGCUGUCAUCCUCGCCAAGGUGUUGGCUCUGAAAUUCGCCCUCGUAACCAAAGGUUUAAUUGGAUUAAAAGCUCCACUUGCCCUCCUCUUCCUUGGUGGAUUCCUGAAAGGCGCAAUUGGAGGAUCAGGAUUAGGUUUAGCUUUAGGACUUGCUAGUUCUCUUCUUAAACUUAAAGGACUCGGUGCCAAUGAAGAACAUGAUGAACCAAGCUACACUUACGUACCUCCGCCUCCACCCGCAUACAGUCCAUCCUAUUCUUCAGCACAAAGCGCUCGUGCUCCUCCGCCAUAUUCUCCUGCAUCUCCAGUACACUCGGCCGGUCCAUCUUACUCGGAUAACAGCGGUGCCAAUGUAGGUGCCAAUCAUUUUGGAGCUGAUUACGGAAGCAGCGCUAGCGGACACGGAGGCGAUUACGGAGUCAGACGUGGCAAACGCGACACUGAAGGAAGUGAUGAAGAGUUUGAUGAAGAAUCAGUGGAAGAUCUUCAACUGGAAUUCGAGGCUGCACGCACCAAUGGAAAUGCUUACCUUUACAUGGCCGCGCAGUUCGAUGAGCAAUCGUGCGGUCGUCGUUUAAUGUGCGAAAUCUAUCAGAAGCCAAAAGAAAGCCUUACUGAUGACGAAAACAUUUUACAAGACAUUUUCGGAUAUCCGCUCUCUUCCUUGAACGAAGAAGACAAAGAUACUCCAAGGGAAUGGUAUUAUAGGGCUGCUCAACUUGGAGCCUCGCACCAGGGCCGGUCCAACAUCCAAAUCUGCGCCCAGUUCUUCUCAACAUGUCCUUACAACGCCCAGCAGCUGAUUCACAUCUUCAUCACUGAAGAUAUUCGAACAAAUGAAAUCGAAUCAAAUCACCAACCUUCUGCCCAUUUGAAGCCUCCUCAAUCGAACGUUCGUCUUCCUUUCUAUCACCAGCACCAAACCAUUUCCAAUGUCCAGCAAAGGAAACCUAUUGAGCCAGUCCACGAACAACAUCCUCAAGUCACUCAGCAAAAUCAAGGCUAAAUUAGGAGUCUGCAGAACAAGAUCCUAUUGCAUGACAAUGAUUACAGGCACAGGUUGUCUGAAUCACCACUGAAACUUAACUUCUCUUUCAAAUCUAUUAAAAUAUUACCCUCUGAUAUCUAUCAGUCAAUGAAAUGACAUGUUAGUUGUUGAAGUUGGAUAUUGAAUAUUCUCUAGGUGACCUAUUAAAAUACGAGGCAUUUAA